UAUAUGGAAAGAAACUUUGUUAAAAACCUAUCACCAAUACCACAAAAUGCUUCCGUUCUUUGUACUAUGCAGCGUCUUUUACACCUUCCUAACUUCUUUCAUUCUCUCCGUUGUCCUUCUGAUCCGCUGCACCAUAAGCCUAUUAUUUGGCUUCUUUCGGACUCGGGCCGACGAUUCGAUUUCUCUGUAUGAAGGCACUGUUUGUCAUGAACGUAGGCACCCUCUGAGCCACUCUUUCAAAAUGUCAGUCCGGUACGCUCUGAUCGACCUAGACCGCUCAUCCUACAUACCACCGAACCAUUUAUCAGCUAAAGAAGCUCGAUCUAUUGCUGGAACCAAAGGACCAGUUUUGCUCCUGACAAUACCACCAAGUGUAGGAUACCAACGAAGUCCAGUGACCUUAUAUUAUUGUUAUGAGCCUCAUAAGGAAUCCUCCUCGGAUAUUUUGAAGUAUUGCAUUGCUGAGGUAUCAAACACACCAUGGGGAGAACAAGUUCGGUUUGUAUUCAAUCCAUAUUCUGAUUUAGCUGCGAAAUCCCUCCAUGUCAGCCCCUUCAUGGACAUGCUUGGGGACUGGAAAAUGAAAACAAGAUCACCCGGGAAUAAUUUGUCAGUAACGGUUUCAGUCAAGCACCCUGUGCUGGGUAAUUAUUUUACUGCUAGCUUGACUGCCCAAAAAGUCAAAUCCUCAUCCAAAGUUGAUUAUGCACUAUUCUUCUGGCUCAUGCCUCAGAAGGCUGCAAUUUAUACAUACUGGCAAUCCUUCAAGCUGCUGUUGAAUAAUGUUCAAUUUUACGAACAUCCAAAGUAUAAGAAGCCAUUGUAUAUUGAAGAAUCCUUGAAGAAUGCCGAAGGACGUGGAUGCUGCAUGGCAUUUCCUGGGACCGGGGAUUUACAGAACAGUACUCCACCGAAUGGAUGUGAGCGUUGGUAUUCUUGGAAGAAAGUGAAGUGGCCAUGGGCUUAAAGUUUUAUGAAAGCAACAUUUUAGUCAUAUUUACAUCCCAGAGGUUAUGGCGGUAUGAGCUGUGCUAAAAUGGGCAAACAACAAAUUAAGAUCAAACAGAUACUAUAUUAUUCUUGUAAUUAUACUCGGUGCCAUUUUAUUGUGCCCAGCAUCUUGAGGGGUAAUUUAUUUCAUGAA